GGCCGCUCGGCUCUACUGUGCAGAAGAACCUGCUCCUCGCUCCUACCUGUCUGCAGUCUCUGGUCAUCUCCUGCACUAUGUCUGCAGUAUCUGGUCAUCUUCUGUACUAUGUCUGCAGUCUCUGGUCAUCUUCUGUACUAUGUCUGCAGUCUCUGGUCAUCUCCUGUACUAUGUCUGCAGUCUCCAUCUUCUGUACUAUGUCUGCAGUCUCUGGUCAUCUUCUGUACUAUGUCUGCAGUCUCUGGUCAUCUCCUGUACUAUGUCUGCAGUCUCAGGUCAUCUCCUGUACUAUGUCUGCAGUCUCUGGUCGUCUCUUGUACUAUGUCCGCAGUCUCUGGUCGUCUCUUGUACUAUGUCCGCAGUCUCUGGUCAUCUCCUGUACUAUGUCCGCAGUCUCUGGUCAUCUCCUGUACUAUGUCUGCAGUCUCUGGUCAUCUCAUCUCCUGUACUAUGUCCGCAGUCUCUGGUCAUCUCCUGUACUAUGUCCGCAGUCUCCGGUCAUCUCCUGUACUAUGUCCGCAGUCUCCGGUCAUCUCCUGUAAUAUGUCUGCAGUCUCCGGUCAUCUCCUGUACUAUGUCUGCAGUCUCCGGUCAUCUCCU